AUGGCGGAGGUGGUGGCCACCAUGGUGGUCAGACCACUGCUCAAAAUCGUGAUGGGGAAGGCGUCCAGCUACCUCCUUGACAAGUACAAGGUGUUGAAGGGCACGGAGGAGCAACAUGAGAUCCUGAUGCGCAAACUGCCUGCCAUCCUGGACAUCAUCACUGACGCCGAGCAGGAAGCAGGACACAGAGAAGGGGCAGCUGCCUGGCUCCAGGCCAUCAAGAAGGUGGCUUACCAGGCAAAUGAAGUCUUCGACGAGUUCAAGUACGAGGCGCUUCGUCGUAAGGCCAAAAAGGAGGGGCACUACAAUGACCUUGGCUUCAGUGUGGUAAAACUCUUUCCCACACACAACCGUUUCAUAUUCCGUAACAGGAUGGGAAGAAAGCUCCACAAGAUUGUGCAGGCUGUUAAGGUCCUUGUGGCUGAAAUGAAUGACUUUGGCUUUAAACAUCAGCAACAACCGUUGGUAUCCAAGCAGUGGCGGCAGACAGGUCAUGAUAUCUUCGAUCCAAAGGAAAUGAUCCGCAAAUCAAGAGAAAAGGAUAGUAAGGAAAUUGUUGAUACACUAGUUGGGCAAGCUAACAAUGUAGAUCUCACAGUUGUUCCCAUUGUUGGAAUAGGGGGUUUGGGUAAGACCACAUUAGCACAACUCGUUUACAAUGAAUCUGCUAUUCAGAAGCAUUUCAAUUUGCUGCUAUGGGUGUGUGUCUCUGACAUCUUUGAUGUGGAUUCAUUGGCUAAAAGUAUAGUCGAAGCAGCUCCCCCGAAGAAGGAUGAUGGUGAAGAAGCAGCUGGUACAAAAGCAGCAACUGCCUCCAAGAAGACACCACUAGAUAUCCUUCAGAAUUUAGUGAGUGGACAAAGGUACCUUCUUGUAUUGGAUGAUGUCUGGACACGAGAGGUUGAUAAAUGGGAAGAGCUCAAGGACCGCCUUAAACAUGGUGGUAGUGGUAGUGUGGUCUUGACAACAACCCGUGAUAAAGGAGUGGCUGACAUAUUCGGCACUGUUAAAGCUUAUAAUCUCGUACCUUUGGAUGAUAAAUUCAUAAAGGAAAUUAUCGAGACAAAAGCAUUCGGUUAUUUUCAGAGGAAAGAAGAUAUACCCAAUGCGUUGAUGAAUAUGGUUGAUGAGAUUGUGAAGAGAUGUGUUGGCUCUCCUUUAGCUGCAAUGGCACUGAGCUCAGUACUGCGCAACAAGACCAGUAAAUAA